AAGGUAUAAAGCCGAAGACCAGCAACAAUGUGACGCAGUUUGAGUUGAGAGCGAGCUAACAUGUACACACCGGUCGUCUUGUUGUUGUGCGGGAUCGUGGGUAGCAGCACAGCUUACUACAUCCAAAGGGAUGUACCGUACAACACCGGGCCUGCUGAUCCCUAUCCAUUGGGCAACAGUUACAAUUUACCCCAGGAACAGUCACAACGGCUGUUCUGGGGCAAUGGACAAGGGAGCAACCAAGUCGGCGGCACGGGACUCUGGGCAACUCUGACUAACAAAUUCCCGUUCUUAGGAAACAUGUUCGGUCGCUUGGAACUACCAUCAGAGUACGGUCCACCGAAGCAGUUUUAUACACCUAACCAGUUUAACCCUCAAGAUGCUUAUAGGACGCAAGUGUAUGAAGGUUUCGGUCAACAAGUGCCCUUCGGUAGAGACGUGGCUAUUACCGAUGAUGCGGUGAUCGUGACGCCGCCUCAAGUGCCUAUCGCCUCGCAGCCCAUACCCGCACCAGCGCCGGUGCCCCAGCCAGCUCCAGUGCCCCAACCACAACCAUCCCCAGGCUAUAACUAUGAAAAGCCACGCUAUAGGCUAGAACUACCACAAAAGUAUUAUUGAUUAAUUACGUAUCGAAAUUUCUUUUGCUUUUAAUCGCAUUUUUAACAUAGUUCGGAAAUGCAUUUACUUAUUAAAUAUUUUUCUCUUUGUGAUUUUUACGGGUAUUGAACCAUUUUUAACCAUCAA